AGUCACCUCGCCCAAUGUUGUUGAACAACUUCCAUCAAUCAUUCACUCUCUUGAGGUGCACAACUGACCUGAGAUCAGUCAGCGGAGGGCAAGCGGCUGCUGCUGCUGCUGCACACAGUUUGGUCAAAACCUGGUUGUCUACUUGCACUCACAGGUCGGUCGAACGGAUGCUGGGUGCCCGCUGGGAGUGGAAUGGAUCAGAACCAUGGCCCACUGUAAUCCACGCUCGCCCACCUCCUCUCCCCACGAUGACGUCAACCUGGGCCCUUCAGCAAACCCUCAUGCCAAGCCUACCGACUUUGACUUCUUGGCUGUCAUUGGCAAAGGGACCUUCGGAAAGGUCCUGCUCGCCAAGCUCAAAGCCACCAAGCAGUUCUACGCUGUCAAAGUGCUGCAGAAGAAAGUCAUCUUGAAGAAAAAGGAGCAAAAAAACAUCAUGGCAGAGCGAAACGUGCUGCUAAAAAGCCUGAAACACCCCUUUCUGGUUCGGCUACACUACUCCUUCCAGACCGCAGAGAAGCUUUACUUCGUCCUCGAUUAUGUGAAUGGAGGAGAACUCUUCUUCCACCUGCAGCGUGAGAGAUGUUUCUCGGAGCCCAGAGCGAGAUUCUACACCGCGGAGGUCGCGAGCGCUAUCGGCUACCUUCACUCCCUCAACAUCGUCUACAGAGAUCUGAAGCCAGAGAAUAUCCUCUUAGAUUCUCAGGGCCACGUGGUGCUGACCGAUUUUGGCUUGUGCAAAGAAGGUGUGGCGCCAGAGGGAACCACUUCCACUUUCUGCGGAACACCGGAAUACUUAGCACCAGAGGUUCUUCGCAGGGAACCUUAUGACAGGACAGUUGACUGGUGGUGUCUUGGAGCUGUGCUCUAUGAGAUGAUAUACAGUCUGCCUCCUUUCUACAGCCGUGACGUCGGAGAAAUGUAUGACGGGAUUCUCCAUCAGCCUCUGCUCCUCCCACCGGGGAAAUCCGAGGCCGUGUGCUCCCUGCUGGAAGGUCUCCUGCAGAAGGACCAGCACCGACGCUUCGGGGCCAUCGCCGACUUUUUAGAAAUCAAGAACCACACCUUUUUCUCGCCGAUCAACUGGGAUGACAUUUACCACAAGAGAAUCACGCCUCCUUACAACCCAAACGUGAGGGGCCCGGCCGACACUCAGCAUAUCGACCCCGAGUUCACCAGAGAAACGGUUUCGAAUUCGGUGAGUCGGACGCCGGAGUUCAACGCCGGCACGAGCUCCGGCAACGCCUUCAACGGCUUCUCCUACGUGGCCAGCGAGGACAGCUUUUUGUGAGCGAACACGACGCUCGGAGGGCUAACGGAGAACAUGAAAUGUGGCCCUUAGUGUUGCGUGUUGACGUAGACGACGACAUCAGGAGAAGUUGCUCAAUGUGAGGUUUCAAUAUCGGGGCCCGACUGCUAACAGAAUGAUUUUAUCCGGUCCAGUUUUAUCUUCUGAAGUACAGCGAGGAGGAGGAGGAGGAGGUGGCGAACGUUAACUAUGUGAUCAAUCUGUUGUUGUUUGCGCACUAAGGAUGAAAACCGAAAGUUCAACGGUAUGUGUGUUUAAUGGACCGGUUGUUCCGCACCAAAGUCAUCCGAGCGUGCCCUUUUGGCCCGGGUUUGUGCACUGUGAACAACAACAACAACAACAAAAAGAAGACUUGGGCGCAUAUAGUUGUCUUGCAAAGAUGAUGAAUCAACAUUCAGGGCCAACGAAUGGUUUGAGUCCAACCUCUGAUGAAUUCAUGUUUUCAAUUAAGAGGCAUGUCUCAAUGCGUUUGUCCGUAUUGUGUAUUCCUUACCGGCUUUAAAGACUGUUCUUUUUAUUUUUUUUAGCAGCUCUGCGUAACAUCCCAUUUUUCACACUGGAUGGAAUCCAUAUGGUGAAGGUCUUGCGCGGAGAUGUUCUUAUGCGAACUGGCUUGCAGUUUGGACUCACAUCGAUACAAAAUGUGUCUCAAAUGUAUUUUUCAAGCCAUAAUGAGAAGAACAUUGGGAAUUGUUAAGGGGGCUUGGAAACAAUGACAUGAACAAAACAACGACAAAAACGUUUCACUUGUCUCGAAGCGUUGUGUUUUAUAAGAGUGCUUGAAAGUGAGAAUACGCUGGUGGAUUUUGACCUCUUCACAUGCAAACAAAUGAUCGGAAUUACUUUGCAUUGUUGUUCGAAAAAUGCUUUAAUAUGUCAGUGCGUAUAUCAUUUGGAAUUCACUGCUUGCUCCUGUAUUGUGCCAUGUGAAUGGGUUAAAAGAUAUACUGUAUUGUGAAGGUUUAUGAAUAUCGUUUAUUGAUACAGCUUAGUGAUGUGCACAAUAAUGUAUGUUUGCCAGCUUUGCAGUAGUGCUAAUUACUUUCUGUCAUCAAAUAUUCAUGUCACUUGUCAGGGAGGAAGAAAUACAUUUUCCAUGAUCAUCGUCAUUAUUAUUGUUGCUGAUCAUGAUUAGUUUGACUUCUAUGAUUCUGAGCACAGCAUGCUUCUAUUAAAAUUUAACCUUG